AUAAGCGAUUGCAGCAUGCAUCGAUAACCUAUUAAAAAAAUGUUUUGAGGAUAUAUAAAGGGAAGACACAAUCUUACAAUUAGUCAGGGAAUCAUAUCACUUCUGUCACCACACGAAGAAACUACGACUAGAGAAAGAAUACUUUACGAAGCCAAGAUGAAAACAAUGUUUGCGGUAGUCCUCGCUACGGUCUUUCUGGCCUUUGUUUCUGCCACUCCAGAAUGUCCAUCUAAUCAAGAUGAUGUUAUCUUAAUUCCGAAUCCAGAUGACUGCGCAUCGUAUUAUUCCUGCGACGGUGGCGUAGCAUACUUAAUGAAUUGCUCUGCCGGACUUCUCUUUAACCCCGAAUUACGAGUUUGCGAUUGGGCAGACAAUGUAACGUGUUCUGUUGAUCCUCCAUCCAGUACAGAGCUCACCACAACAGCCAGCGAAGAAUCCAAUGAAGUAAUUGUCGAAGAACCCAGCGAAGAAUCCAGCGAAAAAACCGACGAAGAACCCAGCAAAGAACCCAGCAAAGAACUCAACGAAGAAAUUAGCGAAGAAAUCGACGAAGAUGUUAUCAAAAUACCCAAUACAAAACCUUGUGCAGCAUCUAGCGAAUCCAGCGAAUCCAGCGAAUCCAGCGAAUCCAGUGAAGAAUCUGAUUAAUUACCUAUUUAUAAGUAAAUAAUCAGAAGUUUGAAGGUAUCUCGGACUUUACUGUAUAAAAUAUAUACAAUAUAUAUUUAUAAAAUAAUAUAUUGUUAUUAUUUAUACGGGAUAUUUCAAGAUCACUCUUUUUGUCUAAAAUUGUCUCAUCUCAAAAUUCUGUACACAUGUUCUGAGCUAUUGCACGUUAUUAUGUAUUAUAGUUAUCGAUAUCAUGUAUCAAAUAUAAUUAACUUAUUAUAAGCCUA